CACACUCGUCCAUUUCCCCACUUGGCACUCCUGGGGUCUUUUGUUGAUUCCCUGCUCCCACUUGCUACUUUCUUUCUUGCUUCAUCUGAGCAUUGCACAGUCGCGACACUCCUCUAGACGCGACCCAGGAGCUAUCCCCUUCCCACAUCUUGUAUACGUACAUACACACAUACACACACCAUGGCUGCGCAAGAGCUGCGAUAUGACGGCCAGACAGUUGUAGUCACGGGUGCUGGCGGUGGGCUGGGUCGCGAGUAUGCCGUCUUUUACGGCAGCCGUGGCGCCAACGUCGUCGUCAACGACCUCGGCGCCAGCUUCAAGGGCGAGGGCAAGGGCUCAGUGGCCGCCGACAAGGUCGUCGACGAGAUCCGCAAGGCAGGCGGCAAAGCAGUCGCCAACUACGACUCGGUCGAGAACGGAGAGGCCAUUAUCAAGACGGCCAUUGACAACUUUGGCCGCAUCGACAUUCUCAUCAACAAUGCCGGCAUUCUGCGAGAUGUCAGCUUCAAGAACAUGAAGCAGGCCGACUGGGAUCUCAUCUACAGGGUCCACGUCUACGGAGCAUACAAGUGCGCACACGCCGCAUGGCCAUACUUUAGGAAACAAAAGUACGGACGCCUGAUCAGCACCGCGUCCGCUGCUGGACUGUUUGGAUCGUUUGGACAGACAAACUACUCUGCCGCCAAACUCGCCCUCGUUGGCUUUACCGAGACACUCGCAAAGGAGGGUCUCAAGUACAACAUCCUCUGCAAUGUCGUCGCCCCCAUCGCCGCCAGCCGAAUGACGGAGACAGUCAUGCCCCCUGAGGUGCUUGCCAAGAUGAAGCCCGAGUGGGUUGUCCCGCUCGUCGCCGUCCUUACACACAAGUCGUCCAAGGAGACGGGCUCCAUCUUCGAGGCUGGUGCCGGCCACAUGGCCAAGCUGCGCUGGGAGCGCUCCAGCGGUGCUCGCCUCAGACUUGACGACACGCUCACUCCCGAGGCUGUUCUGGCCAAGUGGAAGGACGUUGUCGACUUCUCCAAGCCCGAGCACGCUCAAGGCCCGCCCAACCCUCUCGAGCAGAUUGAGCAGGCGCAACAGCUUCCUCCCAACCCCCAGGGCGAGAAGUUUGACCUCAAGGGCAAGGUCGCCAUCGUUACAGGUGGAGGCGCUGGUCUCGGCCGCGCAUACUGCUUGGAACUUGCCAAGCGCGGCGCCAAGGUUGUUGUCAACGACCUGGUCAACCCCGACAAUACUGUUCAGGAGAUUCAGAAGCUGGGUGGAGAGGCCGUUGGCAACAAGGCUGAUGUCCAGGACGGCGAGGCUGUUGUCAAGACGGCCAUUGACACAUACGGCCGCGUUGACAUCCUGGUCAACAACGCUGGUAUUCUCCGUGACAAGGCUUUUGCCAACAUGACCGACGAGCAGUGGGACCUCGUUCACAAGGUGCACCUGUUCGGCACCUACGCCUGCACCAAGGCUGCCUGGCCUCACAUGCUCAAGCAAAAGUACGGCCGCAUCAUCAACACCACUUCUACCAGCGGCAUCUACGGCAACUUUGGCCAGGCAAACUACGCCUCGGCCAAGUGUGGUAUCAUCGGUUUCUCCAAGUCCCUCGCUCUCGAGGGCAAGAAGAACAACAUUUUUGUCAACACGGUUGCUCCCAACGCUGGUACUCAGAUGACCCGCACCAUCAUGCCAGAGGAGGUUGUCCAGGCCCUCAAGCCUGACUACAACGUUCCUCUUGUGGUUCUUCUCGCCUCUGACAAGGCUCCUGAGCCAACAGGUGGAUUGUACGAGAUGGGCCCUGGCUGGUUCGCUGCCACCAGGUGGCAACGCACUGGCGGUCACGGAUUCCCCGUCGACGUCAAGCUUACCCCUGAGGCUGUCGUCUCGCAAUGGGGACGCAUCACCAACUUCGACGACGGCCGUGCUGACCACCCCUUCGACAACGCUAGCGGACUCAAGUCCAUCAUGGCAAACAUGGAGAACACGAGCAAGGGCAAGAAGGAGCAGAAGGAUUCCAAGACUAACGAGGAGGUCCUCGAAGCCCAGAGGAAGGCUUUGGCUGCCAAGGGCAAGGAGAGCCCCUUUGAGUACACUGAGCGCGACUCCAUCAUUUACAACCUCGGAGUUGGCGCAAAGCGCACUGAUCUUCCCUUCAUCUACGAAGGCCACGAGAACUUCCAGGUCAUCCCUACAUUCGGUGUUAUCCCUCCCUUCAACGCCGAGCACACAUUCAAGUUUGACGAAAUCGUCCCCAACUUUGACUUCCGCAUGCUUCUCCACGGCGAGCAGUUCCUCGAGAUCCGAAAGUUCCCCAUUCCCACCAGUGCCAAGCUCGUCUCGAUUCCCAAGCUGAUCGAGGUCGUCGACAAGGGCGCUGCUGGUCUGGUCGUUUACGGCAGCACCACAAAGGACGCCAACACUGGAGAGGAUAUCUUCUACAACGAGAGCACUGUCUUUAUCCGCGGCUCGGGUAACUUUGGCGGCCCCAAGAAGGGCACCGACCGCGGUGCAUCAACCAAGGUGUACACACCCCCCAAGCGCAACCCCGACACAGUCGUCGAGGAGCGCACAACAGAAGAGCAAGCAGCCCUGUACCGCCUGAGCGGCGACCUGAACCCUCUCCACGUCGACCCCGAGUUCAGCAAGGUCGGCGGUUUCCCCACGCCCAUCCUCCACGGCCUGUGCAGCUUCGGUAUCUCGGGCAAGCACAUUCUGCAAACCUACGGCCCUUACAAGAACAUCAAGGUCCGCUUUGCCGGCGUCGUGCUCCCCGGCCAGACACUCAUCACCGAGAUGUGGAAGGUCGGCAACACAGUCAUGUUCCAGACUAAGGUCAAGGAGACGGGUAAGCUGGCCAUUAGCGGUGCGGGUGUCGAGCUCAUGGGCGGCGCGAGCAAGUUGUAAAAAAAGUUAUCAUGGGCGGACUGGGUAGUGUUUGUUUUUGAUCCCGUCAAAGGGGAGGGGGUAUUUAUGCUAUGUUUGAGUAUGUAAAUUAUAUA